AUGUGUCUCACUUACAGUGCAGUUUAUGGUAUGCGACUCUUCUCCAACCUCAUGCGGCGUUUCAAGGAACUUGAAUCGGAAUUGGCUUCUCUACGUGAAUUAAGUCAUGAAGAUCUGUUAGACCGAGCUGUGAGAUUGCAGAGGCAGAACUUCGAUCUGGAGAAUAAACUGACGAAACUCACGGAAAACGAAUCUCCAGGGCAAAAGAAGUUACGAUCAUUUGAUCACCAGAAGUACAAGAAACGACGUGUUGCGUUUCAAUUCGCUUAUUUGGGGUGGAAUUACAGUGGUCUAGCCAUUCAAAGUUCUGAGGUUACUGUGAUGCAAAGGCUUAUGGAUGCCUUCGAGAAAGCAAGACUCAUUGAGGACAGGAUUUCGUGCGAUUUUACUGUUUGUGGACGAACCGACAAAGGUGUUAGUGCCCUGGGUCAGGUCGUCUCUUUGGUUGUACGGUCAGCUCUGGUUUCUGGACUCGGUAUUAUUGAUGAUUCUGGAGCAGCGAUCAACGAGCGUCCCAGCAUUCCAGAUGUUGAAUUGGAUUAUGUUUUUCUGUUGAACAAGUUACUGCCACAGGAUAUUCGUAUUUUGGCCUGGUCACCUGUUGGUGCAGAUUUCAGUGCUCGGUUCACUUGCUGUCAACGCUCUUACACCUAUUUUAUACCUUAUUCUGGUUUGGAUAUUACGAUGAUGGCCGAAGCAGCCAAGAGAUUGGAAGGAACACAUGAUUUUCGAAACUUUUGUUCUAUAAAUUUAGAACACGAAUUACCCGUCUUUGUACGGCGUAUCGAUAGUGUGUUAGUUCGUCUCGAGGAUACAUCAGCUUUGUGUGACCCUACUACAAUGUGUGAAAUAUCGAUCACGGGAUCCGGUUUCCUGUAUCAUCAAGUUCGCUGUAUUGUUGCGCUUCUCGUCACGAUCGGGCGCGGAUAUGAAUCUCCGUCGUUAAUCGAUGAUCUGCUCGAUAUUGAGAAAACUCCAGCCAAACCACAAUAUCAGAUGGCUGCAGAUUACCCGCUCAUUCUGAUGACUGCGGAGUAUCCUCCUGGCAGCCUUAGUUGGGAAACUAGCGAAGCUGCCCGAUUUGAAUUGGUUCGGCAUUUUCAGAAGUUAUGGUCCGAACAUGCGAUACGAGCUAGGACGUCGAAGGUAUUACUUGAUCAUGUCGAAGAACGCUUCAAGAUCGAACCACACCCUCUAUCCUAUUUGGAUCGAAUCAUCCCCGAAGGUCGUUGGAGGGAAAACCCAUCUCUUGCUAAAGGAACGCAUAGGCCAAUUCUCAAGAGACAAGUCGAAAUGAGUGUGGACGAGAAACUGGUCAGGUUUAAACAGAAGAAGACAGAAACGAAUAAACAUCUGAGAACUAAUGAUUCGACGACAGAAGAAAUGAGUUAUGUGGAAACGGACUGAUGCUAAUCAUAUAUUUUUGUAAAUUCAAUGCCUUCAUUAAUGAUGCCAUUAUCACCGUCGCCAUCACCAUACUUCGUGGGAGGGAGUGAGGGAAAAAUUUGCGACCAAGCUGGUGAGCUAAAAAUAGGCUCUGUUAGUGCGAUCAAUUGUUA